AGAUCUGUUGAUUUUAAAUUCGCUUUGUUGUUUUCUUCUAUAAAUUAGAGAGAAAAAAGUAAGGCAACUCUGAAACUCAGGAUUUGAGUUUAUGUUACUUAUAAAGAAUUAUUUUGGAAAAAUUGAAACUGAAAGCAAGAAGGAAAAAGACAAUAAUAUAAACUAUGAGUUUUACUUUCAGAAGCACUAAAAUAAUGCAGAAAUGGAGUAAGAUAGGAGAAAGUAUUUUCAUGCUUUGUCGGCCAUACCUCUUUCUCUCUCAUCAUAUAUGUAUUUAUGAUAAUAAACAAUGUUUUAGGUGUUUCUCUCACACAUCGUUCCAAUUCAAACCAAGUAGGAUUUUCUUAAUCAUUGUAUAGAGGACAAAAUGAACACUGGCUUUCUGUUAUUCUUUGAGAUAAUCAUUCUAUUUUAAAAUGAAGUUGAUAAUGGUCACCAUCCAUUGCACUUGGGUUUUUAUAAUUCAAUGACCCAUUAAAGAAUACUAGCUCAUAUAUUCAAAACUGGAGGUCUUCCUGGUAAAAAUAGUCCCUCUAAUAUUCAAUUUUCUCUUCCCAGUUCCUGUGUUUUUCUUGGGUUGGCUUUUUUUCUUCGGGUUGGUCGUUCACCCAAGAGGUAUGUACAGUCGUUGCUUACUUUUCUUUGUCUAUCGUAUGUGGUUUUGAAACUUCUGUGAUCUGCAUAUGCAUAUCUCAGAUCCUUGAACCAAUAGAACAACCUAGUUUGGUGAUAGAAGAGGAUUAUUAUGAGAGUUUAAAGAGAUUAUUGUCUGUGUAGUUCAUAUUUUGCUCUUUUGUUUCAUAUCCAACCAUGAAUUGUCUGUUCUUCGUUUGAAUGCAAAACCUUGAGUAUAUAUUCCUCUUCUAUUUGGUAGGUAUGGAGAAAAUAUCACGUGGGUCUAUCACUUUUUUUGGUCUUUUUAUUGUCCUUAUGGUUCAUCAAUCUUUAGGGCUUAAUGCUGAGGGUCAAUUUCUCUUAGAUUUAAAGGGAAAAUUCGUUGACAAUUAUAAUCAUCUGAGUGACUGGAAUCCCAAUGAUUCCGCCCCUUGUGGGUGGAAAGGUGUGAAUUGCACAAAUGAUUACAAUCCAGUUGUUUGGUCUCUUGAUUUGAGCUAUAUGAAUCUUUCUGGUUCUUUGUCACCAAGUGUAGGUGGCUUGUCUAGUUUGAUUUAUCUUGAUCUUUCUUUUAACCGUUUUUCUCAAAAUAUCCCUAGUGAGAUUGGGAAUUGUUCUAGUUUAAAGGUUCUUCGUCUAAACAAUAACCAAUUUGAAGGCCAGAUUCCUGUAGAUGUAGUUAAACUUUCUUCUUUGUCAAUUUUCAAUAUCUCCAACAACAGAAUAUCUGGCUCCUUCCCUGACAAGAUUGGUGACCUUUUGUCCUUGACACAAUUGAUUGCCUAUAGUAAUAACAUCACUGGACCAUUGCCAGCUUCAUUUGGCAAUCUUAAAAAUCUAACUGUAUUUAGAGCAGGGCAGAAUUUGAUAUCAGGAAGCUUACCUCCAGAGAUAGGUGGAUGUGAGAACUUGCAGAUUCUUGGUCUUGCACAAAAUCAAUUGGGUAUGGAAAUACCGAGAGAGGUUGGAAUGCUAAAGUAUUUGACAGAUAUAGUCCUUUGGGGAAAUCAGCUUUCAGGGUCUAUUCCAAAGGAGCUAAGCAAUUGUAAAAAUUUGGUGACUCUUGCUCUCUAUGACAACUAUCUUGUGGGGCCUAUACCCGAGGAGCUUGGUGACCUGGUGUUCCUGGAAAAGUUAUACCUCUACAGAAAUCACUUGAAUGGAACGAUCCCAAAAGAGAUUGGGAAUCUGUCUUCUGCAGUAGAGAUUGAUUUCUCUGAGAACAUGUUGACUGGAGUGAUACCAACAGAGUUGGCUAAGAUAACUGGAUUGCAGUUGCUUUAUCUUUUCGAGAAUGAGCUUACUGGUGUCAUCCCAGAUGAGCUUACUACUUUGGUAAACUUAACAAGGCUCGACCUCUCCAUUAAUAAUCUCACAGGUAGUAUUCCUGUGGGAUUCCAGUAUCUGAAGCAGUUGAUCAUGUUGCAGCUCUUCAACAACUUAUUUAAUGGUAACAUUCCUCAAGGACUUGGAGUCUAUGGAAACCUAUGGGUGGUGGAUUUAUCAAAUAACUACCUAACUGGAACAAUUCCACCUCAUCUUUGUAGAAAUGGUAACCUUUUUUUGUUGAACCUUGGGUCAAAUAACCUCUCAGGUUAUAUCCCAACUGGUAUCAUUAACUGCAAGACGUUGGCGCAGCUUUAUCUUGCAGGAAAUGAACUUAUUGGGAGCUUUCCAGCUGAUUUAUGCAAGCUAGUGAAUCUCUCUAGUAUUGAAUUGGGCCAGAACAAGUUUAAUGGUCCCAUUCCUCCUGAGAUAGGUAACUGCCACGUUCUGAAAAGGCUGCAUCUCCCGGAUAACUACUUUAUAGGUGAAUUGCCAAAAGAGAUUGGUAAACUUUCUGAAUUGGUGACCUUCAACAUCUCAUCUAAUCUGCUCAAUGGAACAAUACCAGCAGAGAUCUUUAACUGCACGAUGCUGCAACGACUUGAUCUCAGCCAGAACAAUUUUGUAGGUGCUUUACCAAGUGAGAUAGGAGGCCUUUCCCAAUUGGAGCUUCUCAUGCUCUCAGACAAUCAAAUUUCUGGUAUUAUACCUCUGGAGGUGGGAAAUCUGAGCCGCCUAACUGAACUACAAAUGGGAGGAAACUUAUUUUCUGAUAGGAUCCCAGCUGAGAUGGGUAGCCUAUCAAGCUUGCAGAUUGCAUUAAACCUCAGCUAUAAUAAUCUCUCUGGGUCAAUACCUGGAGAGCUAGGAAAUCUUGUGUUACUGGAAUUCCUGCUGCUCAACAACAAUCAUUUGAGUGGUGAAAUUCCAGGCUCCUUAAUGAACCUUUCUAGCCUACUUGGAUGCAACUUUUCUUACAAUGACUUAAAAGGGCCUUUACCUUCCUUGCCACUCUUUCUAAACACAUGCAACAACUGUUUUCUUGGGAAUGACGGGCUUUGUGGUGGACCUUUUGGUAAGUGCAGUGAAUCUCCAUCGUCCUAUCUUGCUUCAGCUACGGAAGGGAAAAAUGCCCGUUUAGGUAAAAUUAUUGCUAUAGUUGCAGCUUUUGUUGGUGGGGUGUCUCUCAUUUUAGUUAUAGUGAUUAUAUAUUUCAUGAGACGCCCAGUUGAAACAGUUGCUCCUUUGCAAGAAAAAUCAUUCUCUUCUCCAGUUUCGGAUAUUUACUUUUCUCCGAAGGAAGGGUUCACUUUCCAGGACUUGGUUGCAGCAACUGACAAUUUUGAUGACAGCUUUGUGAUAGGAAGGGGAGCUUGUGGAACUGUAUAUAGAGCAGUCUUGCCAUCUGGUCACACUAUUGCAGUUAAGAAAUUAGCAUCAAACAGAGAGGGGAGCACCAUUGACAAUAGCUUCCGUGCCGAAAUUUUGACACUGGGAAAGAUCAGGCAUCGGAAUAUUGUGAAGUUAUAUGGGUUUUACUACCACCAGGGUUCCAAUCUACUACUUUAUGAAUACAUGGAAAAGGGUAGUUUGGGAGAAUUACUCCAUGGAUCAUCCUGUAGUCUUGACUGGGGGACGAGAUUCAAGAUUGCAGUUGGAGCUGCUCAGGGCCUUGCUUAUCUGCAUCACGAUUGCAAGCCUCGGAUUUUUCAUCGUGACAUUAAGUCCAAUAACAUUCUGCUUGAUGACAAAUAUGAAGCUCAUGUUGGGGACUUUGGGUUAGCAAAGGUGAUUGACAUGCCACAAUCUAAAUCAAUGUCUGCAGUUGCUGGUUCUUAUGGCUAUAUAGCCCCUGAGUAUGCAUACACCAUGAAAGUGACUGAAAAAUGUGACAUAUAUAGCUAUGGAGUGGUCCUUUUGGAGUUGCUGACUGGCAGAACACCUGUGCAACCACUAGAUCAAGGUGGCGAUCUAGUAACCUGGGUGAGAAAUUACAUUCAGGUUCAUACAUUGUCACCAGGAGUACUUGAUGCUCGACUCGAUCUGGACGAUGAGAAUACAGUCUCUCACAUGAUUACAGUCAUGAAAAUUGCUCUACUUUGCACAAGUAUGUCUCCUUUUGAUCGACCAACAAUGCGGGAAGCUGUUUUGAUGCUUAUCGAAACCAAUAAACGAGUAGGACACUUCGAGUCAUUCCCAAGUCAUCAUGCUAAUUCAAGUGAAGGACACUUUGAUUCAUCCCCAAGUCAUCAUGCUACUUCAAGUGAUGAACUGAUUGUACAUGUUCAAUAAAUAAUUUUGAUAGAUUGGGAUGAUUCUUUAGCAGCUAAUUCAUCCUAGUAUUAGUUACAUAUAGAGAAGAACACGCUACUUGUAUAUUCCUAAUACAAUAAUGUUGCUUUUGGCUGCUAGGCCAAUCAGAAGUGCUCUUAAAAUUUUCUUCUCAACUACUGCUAUUCGAGAAGGAUCAUAAUGUGUAGAAAUGCAUUGCUCUUGCUUUUGUUAA